AUUAAGAUAGGAGCCCUGGACGGAGGACCACCAGGUCUCCAUCGGCACUGAUCCUCAGGGCCGCUGGCAGGCUGUCAUCAUCGAGGGAGCUCAGGAGUUCGUCCCACUGGCAAAGCAGUGCACCGAACUGCAGCCCGAGGUGCCCAUCGGGUGUUUGCGGCCCUGAGGGACGACCUGCGGCGUGCAGAGGAGGUGGCGAUGGGCCCGCCGGCGCCGGGGCCGGGCACGCGCAACACGCGGCACGGCACGGGCCACGCCAUGCGCGACCAGCACGUGACUCUGCAGCCCGAGGGGCUGAGGGCCAUGCUGGCGCACGUGGCGUCCAUGCUGAGGGACCCGGAGGGCUACGGCAGGGCUCGCGAGCAGGGCAACUUGCACGGCUAUGCGCUGCCCACGCCCGGCACUGAGGCGGUGGCAUCGGAGCGGACGGCGGCGGGCGACGAGGAGGUACCGGCGCCGGCACAGGGCGCUCACUGCGGUGUGGUGCUUGGGCCGCCGGGUCUGGCCCCGGUCAACAUGACAGAACACCUGAAGGGGUCGCCGCAGUGGCUACUGCAGCCGCGGAGCGGGCGGCGUGGGGUGGGGAGCGAGGACAGAGGAAUGAGGGGCCCGGCCAGCGACGGCACCGCUAGGUGGCGAAUGUAGACGUGGAGCGGAGGAUAAGGGGAGUGAUUUGCUUCGUAGCUCAAUUGUAGAGCGCGAGGCCCGAAAGCGACGGGGCCUUGGAGAGGCGGAGAGCGAGCGUACGGU